AUGGAGGAAUCGAGCAAGGUUCUUGAAACACUGAAAAAAAUUGGUGCUAUCGAUGUGCGUCAUCUCUGGAUCAUUCACGCUGAAUCGUUUCGUGAGUUUUUCGAAUGGUUUACACAAAUUGACGAUGAAAAUCUCGUCACAGAUUUGUUGCUGAAAAGCUAUGAAGAACUCCUUCGUAACGGGACCGUGUUGGAUGAUGAGAUAUUGGAAGAGCAACUGAACGCACUGAACCAGGUGUACGUUAACAUACUCGAUUACACGGAUUGCGAUGUGGAGACGUUAGACCAACAGCUGGAACAGCUUGUCGAGUUGGAGGAAAAGUGUGAAAAGCUUCUUAACGGUGCGAAGAAAUCUAAUAUUGCUCUCACGAAGGAACUGUCUGAGCUGGAGCGGAAUGUUCGCGAACAAGAAUACGUGCUGGAUAAGGUCGCAUCGAACAAUAUGGACAUGGCCAGACAGUUGGAAGAGAAUCAACAGGCAACCCAGCAGCAGAUAUCGGAUUUACAUCAUUGCUACUACCAGCGACAAAAUCCGCCCAUAUUCAUCUAUCAGAUGCCGAUUGAACAAUUCGAUGCAAAGGGCGAUCAGUUUCUAAAGUAUCUGGAGAUGUACGUGAAGAAGCAUUUCACUGUAAAACGGCUGGAUAGCUCAAAGUCAACCGAUGAUGUGGAUAAUCAGCAGGUGAUCGAUGAGCUGGAAGGCAUCAAGAUGCGCCUGGACGCGGAAGAGUUAAAGUUGCUCGAGGCUAAACGAGAGUACGCCGGGGUGAUGAAGCUUGUUGAUCGGUUGCAGGAUCAUAGCUGGUUGCCGAUGAAAGUAUCCGCAUUGAAGAAACAAUGUCUCGAACUGAAGAACGUAAAUGAUCAGGAUCUUUUGAGGAUGGAUUUGUUAAAGCACGAGCUGGACACGCUUAUUCGGCAGGUGAACGAACUAAAAAUUGAAUCAGUACUGUACGAGAACAAUCGCGCGAAACUCGAUCGUGCCGUCAGUCGGCUGGAAUACAUACAACCAUUAGACGAAAGUAUCUCCCGCCAGCUGAUGAACGCCGAGUUGCUAUGGAUACUGAUGCAGCUUGAUUUGGAGAAGAUGCGCGAUUGGUUCGAUAAUGCGGACGAAAUGAAUGGUGAAUCGAAGCGAUGCUUCAAACGUAUCGAUGCGAUGAAACAGAUCGAAAAGAACUCACUACACGAGGAAGUUUAUAGUGAAUAUUUGGGUCCGCUAUCGGCACUAAUGACACAGGAAACUGUGGGCAAUGCAGAAGAAUCCAACCGUGGAAUGAAAGGAUGUCUGCAGCACUUUUCCGGUCUGGUGAAGCGUCUUUCGAAGCAGAGCGAAUCGAUUGCUAAAGGAAAAUACCAUCGAAAGGCGGAUGAACUUUUGAAACAAUUGACCCAGCAAGAGACGUUGCUGUCACGCUUCGUGUUUGAUGGACCACUAAACUAUCCCCAAUUCUACUGUCAAAAAUAUUUGGAACGGCUUCAAAAGCUCGGAUUCGCUUUAAGUCAACUGGAGCGAGACCUCCGAAAUAUUCGGAAAGAUUUCGUACAAAAUAUCGAAGAACCGAAGCAAAAUCAAAAAUUUUGGCUAUACUACCAACGUUUCUGGAUUUGGUUCUUAACGGAACCGAAGAAGGUGGCCUUUGCCAUUAAGGAGAUAACGGCCGAAGCAUCGAAAACGGCUAGCUACAAAAGCAUCUCUGGUAUCAAGUGCAGAUCGAUUGGCAACGAUAGCAAAUUUUAG